AUGCGCUCACCAGGCUUCUUCGGCUACAGGCAACAGCUCUUCACGGGCGUUCUGCCACGGCGAGUCCUGGGUAGAUGCUCUGUUCGAUACUGUUCCUGCCACGCAGGCCCCGUGAGACGACCGGAAGUCUCUGAUGUCUCCGUGAAUUCAUCCUUAUCCCGGCGGAACGCCAGCAAUUCCUCGGUGACUGGGAACCCGAGCACCGUCGUUGCAGACCAUAGAGUGCUAGGCACUGAGCAAGAGCUCUUCACCGCGUCGACAUACAGCCCCGGAUCGCCGUUGUUCCUGCCGAAUGGCACGCAUCUCGUGAACAAACUGAUCGACUUCCUCCGCGCGCAAUAUCGACAAUAUGGAUUUAAAGAAGUUCUCACGCCAAAUAUAUACAAAAAGUCGCUCUGGGAGGUAUCUGGUCACUGGCAAAAUUACAAGGAGGACAUGUACGAGGUACGCGGUCGUGGCGCUACCGGCGAGACUGAAGGAGAGAUAGGCGAGGAUGAAUCGUAUGGCCUAAAACCAAUGAAUUGUCCUGGACAUUGCCUGCUUUUCAAAUCACAAAAACACUCAUACCGUCAACUCCCCGUCCGCUAUGCGGAUUUCAGCCCUCUGCAUCGCAAUGAGAUUUCCGGAUCUCUCAGUGGAUUGACACGAGUCCGACGGUUUCAUCAGGACGAUGGGCAUAUAUUCUGCCGGCCUCAACAAAUAAAACAAGAAAUCUCUCUGGCACUGGGGUUUGUUGAUAUGGUUAUGAAAACGUUUAGGCUGGGCACGUAUCGUCUCCUUCUAUCUACUCGCCCCGAGAAAGACUACAUCGGGAGUCUGGAACUAUGGGAUAGCGCGGAGGCGCAGCUGCGCGAUGCUCUCGAAAAAAGUGGCCGUGUGUGGGAACUCAAUGAGGGUGACGGUGCAUUUUACGGGCCGAAGAUUGAUAUCCAACUGCAAGACUCGAACGGCAAAUAUUACCAAUUAUCAACAAUCCAACUAGAUCUCAAUCUUCCACAGCGCUUUGGGCUUGAGUAUCAAGUAGGAGAAGGGGAGGAGGAAUUUGAUGCGCAGAGCCCCGGAAAGGCUACGCCUGUCAUGAUCCACCGGGCAGUAUUCGGAUCGUUGGAGCGCUUCCUUGCUAUCCUAAUCGAACGUUACGCCGGGCGCUGGCCGUUUUGGCUUUCACCUCGACAAUGCAUAAUACUUACCGUGCACCAGAGCGAUGAUGUGUCUCAACUGGCUGAACGGGCAGCAGCAAAGUUAGCUGGCUUCCGCGCACUACUACCAACAUUGGGUUUGGGAGAUUCCGUCCAACCGCCCGCACCUCUAGCUUCUACCGAUCCAACAUUUCUCGUUGAUAUCGACAACAGCACUGACUCGUUGGGCAAGAAGGUCGCGCGCGCCAAAAAAUUGAAAUACAAUUUCAUUUUUGUGCUGGGCCAAAAGAACCUAGCUGAUAACAGCAUCGAACUCGACAUCGAUGGUCAACUGAAAAGUAGCGAUGACGAGGGAGUAGCAAAACUCCACAGCCUUCUCACUGGCGUUGGCGCAGAUUUAUCUGUGACAAACAAACGCUCCGUGAAGAUGCAAAUCGAAGACGUCUAUCCAAUGUUGGUACAGCUGGAAAAGAAUUUCCUGUGA